AUGAAGUUCAGCAUUCUUCUUUCGGCCCUUGCCGUGACGCCGGCUCUGGCCGUGCCGACUUUCGGAAGCAGAUCUCCCUCUAGUUCCAGUUACAGCUACAGCUACAGCUAUGGUAGUCGCAACAACAGCCACAGCGAUAGUCACAGCGACAGCAGUCACUACGGCAGCAGCAGCAGCAGUAGCAGCAAUGAUAACAACAGCAACGACUGUGACGACGAUAGCAGCAGCAAUAACAACGAUCAGAGCAGCAAGAGCGGCUUGAACAACGGCUUAAACAACGGUCAAAGCAAGUACCCCACAGACACCUACAUUGUGAAUCCUGCUGGCAAGUCCGGCACGGGUUAUGGCAGCAAUUCCGACAACCAGUACAGCAACGGUUACCGAACCAACGGCUAUGGGAAGGGCCGUGUCUCAAGCGACGGCAAUAGGCCAAGCAGCGGGAGCGGCAACAACCCCUGGAACGGUCCCGGCAGUCUUGGUAGCAAAACUUGGAACGGUCCUGGCAACAACCCCUGGAGCAACCCUGACAAAGGCUUUGGCGGCAAAGGUCUGAGCGACAGUUCCGGCCGCACUCCCGGUAGCGGCUCAGGUAGCACUCCCGGUAGCGGCUCAGGUAGCACCCCUGGCAGCGGCUCAGGUAGCACCCCUGGCAGUGGCUCCGGCCGCACUCCUGGCAGCGGCUCCGGCAGCACUCCCGGCGGCGGGUUUGGCAACAAUCCCGGCAGUGGUUCCGGAAACGGGUUUGGCAAAGGUUUCGGCGAUCCGGCGAGCCAAGGUCACCGCAACGUUCUCUAUGUCACCAACUGGGGUAUCUACGGCGCCAACUACCAGCCGGACCAGAUUCCCGCGGACAAAAUUACUCACAUCAACUACGCUUUUGCCAACAUCCAGGACGAUGGUACUGUGUUCUCCGCCGAUCCUUGGGCUGACACCCAAAAGGGCUUCCCCGGUGACAACACCACCGAGCCAGGUAACAACGCAUACGGUCUUGUCAAGCAAAUCUACCAAAAGAAGAUUGAGAACCGCGGCCUCAAGGUUCUUCUAUCCAUCGGUGGCUGGACUUGGUCGCCAAAGUUUCCUCCUAUCGUUGCUGACGACAAGAAACGUGCCCAAUUCGUCGCCUCCGCUGUCAAGCUGAUCACGGAUUGGGGCAUGGACGGCAUCGACGUUGACUGGGAAUACCCCAACACCCCGGCACUCAAUAAGCAGUGUGUCAUCCUUUUCCAGGAGCUUCGCCAGGCGCUCGACGAAUACUCGGCCAAGCACGCCAACGGGUAUCACUUCCUUCUUACCUUUGCCGCUCCCGCUGGCCCUCAGAAUUAUGGGGCGUUUGACUUUGCGGCCAUGGACAAGAACCUCGACUACUGGUCGCUGAUGGCUUAUGACUUUGCUGGUAGCUGGGACAACACCACCGGCCAUGCCUCCAACGUCUUCCCCAACCCUUUCAACCCUACCUCGACAAAGUUCAGCAUCAACAAGGCCCUUGAUGACUACAUCAAGGGCGGUGUCGCCCCCGGCAAGUUCAACCUCGGCAUCCCACUGUACGGCCGUGGCUUCAACAACACCGAUGGUAUGGGAAAGCCGUACCACGGCGUCCCCGUCGACUCGCUCGGAAACCAGGGUACCUUGACGUACAAAUACCUUCCUCUGCCCGGCGCUAAGGUCGAGUUUGAUCCCAUCGCUCAGGGAACGUACAGCUAUGACAGCAAGACGAGGCAGCUUUAUUCCUUUGAUGAUAUCAAGAGCGCCGGCGUCAAGACAGACUACCUCCAGUUCCGAGGCCUCGGAGGUGCCAUGUACUGGGAGGCUUCGGGUGACAAGACGGGCGACGAGAGCAUCGUGUCUUACGUCGCCAAGAAGAUUGGGCUGGAGAAGUCCCAGAACUUGGUGUGGUACCCCGUGUCUCAGUAUGACAACAUUCGUGGGAACCUGGGCCAGACAGUUGCAAAGCAGUCGUAG